AUGCAAGAUAAAUGUGAUAAGAAAGGCUCUUUAGAAUUCAUUUGGAUAGCAGAAACGUGUCUGAAUGGUGUGGUUGUGCAGGCCUUCAGCGGUUACCAACGCCCACAGUUGCGAAACCAAGGCGAUGGAAGGGGCGGCGUUGCCGGCCUCCGAGACCCGUACGACAGGCCCACACGUAGCCAGUUGGCAGGCGCGCAGAGCAGGUUGCGACAGGAUAAGGCCUCUGGAGCACUGGACGAGGUCGCAGGUCGCUACAGCGUGUUGUUCGGAGGGCACCAUCUGGUUCGGAAGGGCCUGAGACGGAGCAUCGCGGACGCCUACGCGGCCUAUGUCGGGCAG